AUGCGUAGACGGGAGGAGACACCUCCUGCAGAUUUGCGUCUGGACGGGGAGGGUUUAGAGAUUCACGGGGUAUGGAUAGAUGGACAGGAGACACCUGGGGGCCCCCUGGGGGCCCCUGGGGGCCCCUUGAAAGGGUACGGUGUUGAUUCAGAGGGGGCCCUGCAUAUUCCUUCAGGCUUGCUUCCUUUAGAGUCUGGGAAGGAGUUUAAAGUGAAGACAGAGGUUCGUCUGGAGGCUGACGCUAAGCAAUACCCAACCUUACUUAGCAAUGGAAAUAAAAUAGAAGAGGGGCCCCUAGAGGGGGCCCCCGAUCUUCAUUAUGCAGUCUUUGAAGAUCCUUUCUUAAAACCCUGUUACUUGUUUGCUCUUGUUGCGGGGCCUCUAUCUUUUAUUGAAGACACCUUCACUACCAUGAGCGGGAAGAAGGUUCAAAUUCGGGUGUAUGGGCAGCCUAGCGAGACGACGAAGUUACAAUUUGCGCUGAGCUCUGUGAAGAAAAGUAUGAAGUGGGAUGAAGACGCAUACGGCAGAGAGUACGACUUAAACUCUUUUGCUGUUGUUUGUGUUCGCGAUUUUAAUAUGGGUGCUAUGGAGAACAAAGGCCUUAAUAUCUUUAACUCUUCGCUUCUUCUUGCAGACCCUAAGACAACUACAGGUUUGAUAUUACACCUUCUUCCUCCUACUCCUGCUAUUGCUGCUGCUGCUAUUGCUGCUGCUGCUAUUGCUGCUGCUGCUAUUGCUGCUGCUGCUAUUGCUGCUGCUGCUGCUGCUGCGGCGGCAGCAGCAGGAGCAAUACGGAGAGAAAUAGCAGUAGAGAAGUAG